UCGUUACUUAAUAAGAUCUUAAGACGACGUUCGUUGCAAGGUCCAGCGCGGUCGAGUGCAGUUGAGCUGAGCAACGGACAGAAACCACCAGGGUGGAUUGGAAAACUUAACAGUGGAACGUUAAUCGAACCCGCCACCUCAUCAUCAUCCAAGCUUUACUGAAUUUGCUCUUCGAUUAAACAUAUCUAUCUCUCUCUUGUAGCGUAAAAUUGGUCUGCAAACUUUUGUCUGCCAAAUAUGAAGUAUUUGACGCCGCUAGCCUUGUUCCAUGAGUUGCUGAAGACAAAAGCAAGAGAGCGGGGGAGGUUGCUUGGCUUGGAUGUUGGAGACAAAUAUGUUGGAUUAGCUAUCUCAGACCCUCAUAAUAAAAUCGCUUCGCCUCUAAGUGUUCUGCUAAGGAAGAAAACAAACAUUGAUUUGAUGGCGAGUGACUUCCAGAGUCUGAUCUCUGAGCUUUCCCUGAUGGGAUUUGUUGUUGGCUACCCUUUUGAAAGAGGCCGAGCCCGAACUGCUCCUGACGCUUUGCAUGUGAAGCUUUUCGUCGAUGAUCUCUCUAAAACAGGGAAACUUGAAGAUUUAAAAUACACAUAUUGGGAUGAGUGCUUUACAUCAAAGAAUGUGGAAUUACUGGUAAAGCCUUUAGAUUUGCAUCCAGUUCUAGCAAAAACCAUAACUGACAAGUUUGCUGCUGUUGGGAUACUUCAGGGGUACCUGGAUUAUGUUAAUAAGAAGGUGGAGUUGGAGGCACCAGAAUAAGGAGUUUGAAAUGAUUCGUGUUUUUCAGCCAGGUAGUAAAGAGGGAGGUUUUAUUGACAUCGUACCUAAAUCAAAGUUGCAAGGUCCCACUGCAUGACCACUUCUGAUAUUGUUGCUUGCUGCAUUGCCCAAUCAACAGUGACUUGGGAUUUUUGAUGCUUGCACAUGUUUUGGUUUUAAGUAAUUGUUGAGUCCCUAGAACCGAUAUAAUCUUUGUGAUUUUUGCCUAGGUGUCCUUGGUGAAAAGGCCCCAAGGAAAAAUGGAUUUUUUUUUGUUAACUUUUUAUUUUAAAAUUUAUUUUUAAGGUAGUUAGCUUAAGAAGAAAGAUGACAUUUUCACUUAAAUUGCUGUUUAGAUCAUUGUUAUGACUGAGAUCAAUAUCUCAUA